CAUGACACUAAAAGUUUGCACUGUCAGUACUUGAUCCAAAUUCAAAAUGAAGUCCAGUGUAGACUAAAGACUCUCACUAGACGGUCACUGCUGAUGUGUUCACUCUCCAGCUGCUGUUGUAUUGUAGCGGAGGCUGCUUUGAUCUGGCUCGUGGAUUGAGUGAGCAGUGUUGUGGGUGCUGCACCAUUCUCCAGCGCUCACUUAGCGGCCCGUGGAGUGAUGCUGCAGCGUGUCGGUGAGGAAGGGAGGGGUUGCUCCACUUUGCUCGCGCUCAGCGACCUCGCUCCUCUACAGUAGGGACUCAUAGCCGUGAGCUCGGGCUGGCGGGGAGGGAGAGGAGCCGGACUGCACCACCGCAUCCCGUCCCACAGCAGCUCCAGCACAGCCAGCAUGCUCUGAAUUCCAGCCUUUUCCCCAGCCCCAGCGUUCAGCGUUUUUCUGACAGCUUUUACCAAUGCGACCACCGAGCCCACCCUGUCCAGCGAGAGCCAUCCGUAUGUUUUGGUGCUGAUUCAGAAGACUGCUGUGACAUCGAUUAUGGCCCUGGUAAUGGAACCUAUAAGCAAAUGGAAUCCCAAGCAAGUGCUGGACUGGAUGAAAGGCUUGGACGACUGCCUACAGCAGUACAUUAAGAACUUUGAGAGGGAGAAGAUAACGGGCGAACAGCUCCUGCAUAUCACCCACCAGGAGCUGGAGGAGCUUGGCGUCACCCGCAUCGGCCACCAAGAGCUCAUACUGGAGGCUGUGGAUCUGUUGUGUGCACUGAACUAUGGGCUGGAAACAGAGAAUCUGCGGACCCUUUCACAUAAGCUCAACGCCUCAGCAAAAAACCUACAGAACUUCAUCUUGGGCCGACGCAGGGGCGGGCAUUACGACGGACGGGCCUCUCGACGCCUGCCCAAUGACUUUCUCACCUCAGUGGUAGAUCUCAUAGGAGCUGCCAAAAACCUGCUAGCCUGGCUUGACAGGUCACCAUUUGUCAGUGUUACAGAAUAUUCUCUACUGAAAAACAACAUUGUUCAACUGUGCCUGGAGUUAACCACAAUAGUACAACAGGACUGCACCGUGUAUGAAACCGAAAACAAGAUUCUUCAUGUGUGCAAAACAUUGUCUGGAAUAUGUGACCACAUCAUCUCGCUGUCCUCUGACUCGCUAGUGUCCCAGUCGGCUCACUUGGAGGUGGUGCACCUGACCAACAUUAUGCCGAGCGAAGGCCUGGGCAUGUACAUCAAGUCGACAUACGAUGGGCUUCACGUGAUCACAGGCACCACAGAAAACUCCCCUGCUGACCAGUGCAAAAAGAUCCACGCUGGCGAUGAGGUCAUCCAGGUCAAUCACCAGACUGUGGUUGGCUGGCAGCUGAAAAACUUGGUUAAUGCAUUGCGUGAGGAUCCCAAUGGUGUCAUUCUCACCCUGAAGAAAAGGCCACAAAACACCUUGACCUCUACCCCUGCUCUGCUCAAGAAUGUGCGUUGGAAGCCUCUUGCCCUCCAGCCCAUCCCUACCAGUCCUAAUGGUGACUCCACCACUCCAACUAGCACCAUGGGCAUGUCUUCCAAGAUAGAUGGAUCUAAUAUGCAGGAUGUGUUCAUCCUGUCUCCAGUCUCAGGUCUCUACGGUACCAGAGAUGAGCUGGGCAUCAUGUCAUGUGAUGACAUCAGCAAGUAUAGCAUGAGCAAGUCCAGUUCUAAGUGCUCAGAAUCACUCAGCUACUAUCUUGACCAAGAGAGUGGCAAGUAUUACUCUCUAAUGGAGGGUGAGGGCAUCCCAAUUGGACCAGAGUAUGACAGAGGCCGCUCCACAGGGGUACGUAGGAGAGACAAGACCCCAACUCAUGGUGAUCUCAGGCCCGUAUCCAUGCCCCCGGAGUACAACUGGAUGGCUGAAAGCAAGGAGCCCAAUAUGUACAAGAGGGGCAGCCGAGAUUCAGACACGUCCCUCCUUCGCUACAUGAGUGAUGACAAGAUCCUAGUCAUCCAAGAGGAACCAGACGGACCAAGGGAAUGCAAGCGGGACACCACACGCCGUUCCCGCAAAAAGGGCAAGAAUCCAAGUAGUCCCAGCUUUCCCAUCAGCCCCUCUCUUCUGGCUUCCACUGUGCGACUGGAUGGGGUGGCGCCGCCUGACAGCCUACCCUUCCCACUGCCAGAAAACAACACUGUGCCACUUUAUCACCAACAGAGAGCCGGUGACACACUGCGAGCAGAACCUGAGAGAUAUCCAGGAUCUGGAAUGGAAAUACAAGGAGGAACAUCUAUGAGGAAGUCAUUCCACUAUACUUCAUUAAGGACAAAAACCAAAAAGAGAACUAAAGGUUCCCUGACCAGUGGUAGCCGCAGGAAAAUCUCUUGUAAGGAUCUAGGCCAUGGAGACUGUGAAGGCUGGUUAUGGAAGAAGAAAGAUGCCAAAGGGUACUUCACUCAAAAGUGGAAGAAAUACUGGUUCAUUUUGAAGGACUCUUCUCUCUAUUGGUACACCAACCAAAAUGACGAGAAGGCUGAGGGCUUCAUCAGCUUGCCCGAGUUCCGAAUUGACAGAGCAAUCGAAUGUAGGCGGAAAUUUGCCUUCAAAGCCUGUCACCCAAAAAUCAAGAGUUUCUUCUUUGCCACAGACUGUUUGGAGGAAAUGAACAGAUGGAUGAACAGGCUGGGGCUGGCAGCUAUUGGUUACACACCUGACGACAAAGUGCCACGGCCGGAUGAGGAUUACUGGAGUGAAAGUGAUCAGGAUGAUAUAGAUGGCUCCAUGACUUUAAAGCAGGAAGGACCUUCUUCACUAUGUGACACCUACCAUCGGACACCCUCGGUCAACUCAUCCAGUCCCUUCCCUGAGCCCAAGCACGGACGCCACUUCUCCAGUGAGUCCACCUACUCCCACUCCUCUGCUGAGGACUCCCGGGGUGGGGAGGGUGGAGGCGGGGGCUCCAGCAGCACUCAUUCAUCAGGCUGCCGCUCCAGCCACCGAGAGCGCCGCUCCUGGCAGGACCUGAUCGAGACGCCAUUGACCAGCUCUGGCCUGCACUUCCUGCAGACUGUACCACCAGAGGGUGAGCAUGGCUAUGAUGGUGGGCCUGGGGCUGGAGGGCGCAUGCCCCUAUCCCCUGAGUGCAGACGACAGGCCACUCUUCCCGUGAGGAGGCAUCACGUGGACCGUGAUGGGCCUUUUCCACUGGUGGGCAGUGAGGACAGAGGACACCAGCUGCAUCGCAGGGCCCACAAACAGCGUAGUCAGAGUCUGCCACGGAACCGAGAGGCGAGGGCCAGGAGCUUGCUGCAGGGUCACAGAGAGGAGAAGAGUGAAGACGAGGAGCUGCUGCCUGCUAGGUGUGGUGAUGACACUGAAGAAGCAAGCCAGAGGUAUGAUGGAAAGGAUGUAGAUGGACUGGAGGAGCUCUAUCAUGCUAUAGAGCAGGCCAACCUCUCUGCCAUCGGUGACCUCCGACCCACCACCAAGCAGGAGUUCCGUCGUUCCUUCCUCAAGCGCUGCAAUGACCCCAUCAUUAAUGACAAACUGCACCGUGUUCGAAUCCUCAACAGCACACUAAAGGCAAAGGAGGAUGAGCUGGCCAUUAUCAGUCAGCUGCUAGAGGACCCUGGCCUCACCUCGAAGAAGUUUCGUGAGUGGAAACAGUGGCACCACGACCUUUUCCUGGACAUUUGCGAGUUUAGCUCAGGCAACAACGGGGCAGCUGAUCUUUCCCCACUAACAGGUCCUCUCAUGACGCAUACACACUCCUUCAUCGAGACCCACGUCUGAGACAAGGUCCAAAUGGUGUUUGGAUACACUCCACUGCUGCCUCAGUUUUCUCUCCAUCUCUCUUCAAUUCUUCCUUUCUUCCCACGAUGCUGAACCAACUGACCAACCAACCACUGUAACGUGUGUAAAUAUGGCUGAGAGGGCAAGCAGACUCCAUGUAAAUACUCUGAUGAGCAACAGCAGCCCUUGCAGGGUGCCUACUGCAUGUCUGAAGAGAAAGCAUUCUUCCUUCUGUUGAAUGACCUAAGCUAGAAAGUUCUAAAGAAAGUUCUUUGUACUACUUUACAAAUUUUGAUUUGUAAUCUUUUAAUUAGAUUAGCUUUUCUUUUGCUAUCUCUGGUUGGGUUGCAGUGUGUUACUGGAGGAAUAGUAGUAGCAAUACAGAGGGGGACCGUUUCCACAACAACACUGUACUUUCAUAUUAAACUUUGCACCCAUGAUGCUCUGAUAACUCUAUUCUCUUCAUACUAUUCUUACUGCUGAUUAUGACUAUUAGAAAUGCAAAUCAGAAACCUGCUAAGAUGAUUGCAAUCACGCCAUGCAUUAUUAGGAGUGAUCUAAGCAUUGGUCUUUCCAGGGUUUUCACUGGAGCUCAUUCUAUGAAGGUGAAAGUGUACCUAAAUGGAGGCAACACCUUACAAGAGAAAUAAAGACCUUCAUGUUUGCUUAGAAGUAGCCACUGUUUUAAACUGUGAACUAUUCUUGUGAAUGCAAUCUUUCGAUUCUGUGUGUACAGAAUCACCUAAGACAGUUUUUUUGUAGAAAAGCAUAGAAAACUAUAUAAAAAAUAGAUAUAUACAUAAUUACAGUACAUUGCUUGAAUGGUUACUUGUUGCUUAAAAGGUGUAGAUGGAAAAUCCCAUUCUGGAAUUAGACUGAUUGACUCUGGAAUUCAUAGACAGUUCCAGUUGAUAUCAUUUAUUUGCUUUGUUUGUUUGGUAUGGAUUGUCAUUUCAGUCAGAUGUUGUGCUGCAGUUAUACAUAUGAGCCUAUACAAGCACAUUAGGAGGGUAUGAAAUUACAUGAUGCACUACAAGGAAAGCACUUUCGGUCACUGCAUCACAGGGUCAACGUGACAGAUAAGAAAUCUGGUGGACAGACAGAAUUUGGGGUCUAAACAUAAUGAGAGAUGUGUACAGUCUAUCAGAAAUAUGUCUAGAUCAGUCUAAAUCGGACAUACUAUAGAUUUACAUACUAUAUGAGCUCAGUUAUUGUAUUUGCUAGAAUUGUUGGAUCUUAAUAGCCCCUAUCAAACAGUCAAACUAAGCUUAUUGAAGAAGUGUCACACAAAAUAACAAGAAAAUCUGAUGCCAAUAUGAAAGAAGACAGCUGCCAGUUAAUCACUAUAUUAUUGAGAAUGACAAUUUGAUCAAAAGUCUUUCAAAGCAUGUGUUUGAGACCGAUCCAUAAAGGAAGAUAUUUUACAAUUGUAUUCUGGUUAUGAGAAAAUAGAGCUUACUUUUUGCCUGUGGACUGGAUUAUUUACAAAGAGCACAAAAGAUAUGAGUUUUAUCAUUCACUGAGUACUGAAUUCAGGAAGAAUCGCCAGUAUUGAUACAAUGCAUGUGUGCUAGUAUCCUAGCUGAUGUUUUACUGGACAAAAUGACGAGUACGGAGACUAAAUCAAUAACUUCUCAGACGCCAAGCAGUGUUCAUGGGUUUACAAUGACUGUGGGUGGAGCCAAGUGAAAUAAAACCAAAAUAUGUACAUAUCUCCACAUACAUUGCAACAAUGUAAAUGGCAUAACUAGUCUGCUGUACACAUGGCCUUGUUUUACUGUUUUAUGAAUCUUACUGGUUUAGGAAACACUGCAGACUUUGGUCUGACGUAGCAGCACAUGCAGCAUCACGAUGUGAAUUGUACAUUUUUGUUUACUUCUUUUAAAUUAUAACCUGAGUAGGCCAAGGACUCAUAUCUUUACAUUGUUCGUCACUACAGCUGCAAUCAGUAUGUUUUUCUUUUUUCUUAUAUUACAAAAAAAGUAUCCAGUGUUGGGGAAAAUCAGUUCUAACCUGUCAAGAGCAACGCAAUGACUAUUAUGACACAUUGUACUGGGGGAAAAAAACAUACUGACUGUAGCUUUAAAACAGUGUGUUUUCACUGUGAGUUGCCAAAGUACCUGCAUCGUUACAAGCCUUUAAACAACUAAAUCCCUCACCAAGGGAGAACUGUAUUACUAACUGGCCAUUAGCACAAAUAAUUAUACUCCAUAAAGCAGACCACAUGUUCUUUCCAGUUUUUUACAUUAAAAACUGCUUACAGUUCACUAAAGAACCAAGCAUUCCCAAACAACAAUGCACUGCCUUGCUUUGAAAACAAACUUGCAUCUUUCUCUGUUUCACAUACAUUUGUAUUUAAUAUUUUUAGUAUGAUACUGGUUUAGAUGAUCUGUUAUUCCAUUCUUUUGCACUGUAUUUAUUCAUUGGUCAAUCUUCUAAGAUCAGUCAGAUGGGACUCCACUGUGUGUUUUUAAAGGAGUGUACUCCUCAUAGUACAUUGCACAGGUGUGUAAGAUGUAAGUUGCACUGCGACAUUAAAAAAGGAACAUAUUGCUCUUUUUCAAGGAUAUUACUACUAGCCAACUGUUAUUCUGUACAUUAUAUUAUGAAGAGAGGAUAUUAAAAAAGCAAAUUACAUUUAUUCUUCCUAAAGUAGCCUUUUUGUUUCAUAUAUACAAAUAUAUAUUAACAGAAAUACAGAUUGUAAACUUAAGUUGUAACUUUGAAUUCAAUAAAAUAAAUUCA